CGUUCACAAGUAGCAUUUCAAUUCUGACAACAUGCACGCGUUCAGGAUAUUCCUAGUAGUGGUGGUAGUUAUGGUCGUGACGUCCGAGGGAUUCGCGAUUUUAGGAGCGAAGAAAGUACUGUUCAAAAAGGUGAAAGCAGUGAAGCUUGGCUUUCUGGCAGACGCCAAGUUGGCGGCAUUGAAGUUCAAGGCAGGAGCCAAGCUGAAGAAGGCAGCGAUCCUUGAUACGUUCAAGGCUCUGGCCAAAGCGAAGGUGGGUCUAAUCGGUGGAGUGAAGGCGGCUAAGCUGAAGUUCCUGGCUGGAUUAGCGGCCAUAAAGCUUGCGAAAUUGGCGGCGGUUAAGGCAGCGAAGCUCACCUUCUUCAAGUCGCUUGUCGCGGCCAAAGUGGCGGAAAAAAUAGUCUUCGACGGCGGUGCCGCGCUCCUUGACAGUGCGAAAAAAGUCGUCAAGGGUGGUCUUGGAGGCGUUUUUAAAGGCGAUCUCAAGAAAGAAAAAUACGUCGAGGACAAGAAGGGAAAAACCUUCCUCGAAGGAAUCGGCGGUCUUUUCGGAGGUAUCGGCGGCACCGGUGGUCUAUUUGGCGGAAGUGGCGGCAUCGGCGGUCUCUUCGGCGGAAAAGGCGACUAUGGCGGUAACCCCUUCAGCUCGAUCUUCGGGAACAUUCUUCUGAACGCGUUUAACGGAGGAGCAUAUGCCCGCGUCGACAACAGACCCAAGGUUGACAUCAGCGACAUUAUUUCAGGCAUAUCCGGUCUCGGCCGACUUCCGUCCCUCAUUUCUACCUCCAACAAACCCGCCAUCAAUAUCCAGACCUACCAGACUAACUCGGCACCUGCUUUCGUCCAGACCUACGAACACCCUCCCCCUGUUUUGACCAGCUUCUCGCCUCCGGUCGUCUCCUACACUCCCGAGCACUCCUUUGCUCCUGAACACACUCACUCGUCUCCUCCGGAGCACUCCUUUGUUCCUGAAGACAUUUACUCGUCUCCUCCGGAGCACUCCUUUGUUCCGGAACACACUUACGGAGCUCCUCCGGAGCACUCAUAUUCGGCUCCAGCCACCGUCUACGGCCCCCCAAGCCACUCUUACUCUCCACCCUCAACGAGCUACGGAGUACCAGAAUAUUAGAUUUAAUAGUUAAUUAUACAAUAAUACACCGUUGAGAUACUGUUUACUUGU